UUGCAGGGUUAGCUUCAGUGGUGUACUGAGGAGUUAAACUAAAGAUCGAGUGUAAACAAUUUAUUGAAGUGGAAGAAUGAUCUGUACAGUUCUGUAGAAAUGCGUCUUCGUUAUCGAUUCUACCAAUAAUUUACGGUUACCUGAUAUAACUAUCAGCAAAUUAUGUUUACUUGGAGCGAAGAUGUCAGGUCUUUACCUGGACCUGUUGGAGUGAAAUAUGAUGAUAGCAUGACUGUCCUGAAAAUACAUUUGGUAGUGAUGGGAAUCAAGGCGAAAACGAUGGUUCGCGCUGCUAAUACCGAUGUGCACCUUAAAUACAACGAAGAAGGCUUAUGUGUAUUGUUGGAGGUGUUCAAAUUAAAUAAGAAGACAAAGCCGCCAAUGAAGACAAUUUUGGAGAAACGAUUUUUUGAGAUGCGAAAAUGCCCAAGUAAAAUAUUAAGUAUCGAUUAUGAGCUGAAGAAAGACCAGUGUAUUCUGUCUGUUCGCAAAUCUUUACCUGGUCUUUGGGUUAAUGCUCUUUCUCUGUAGGUUUUAUCGUUUGUUUUUGAACAUCAAAUACUUUAAGUGAAUGAUUAGGAGUGCAGUAGACGCUUUUUUCUACUGUAUUAUUUUUUAUCGCAAAAAGGAUUAUAUUGGUCAAAAACAAUUCGAGAAUGCCGAUCUUCAGACGUCUUUGUUGUUGGAUUGUUUCUUAUAGGAACUUUGGAUAGAGCAAAUCGUAUGAGAUCUAGGAUAGCUUCAAGUCGUGAUGAUAUGUCUGUAAAAAUGCUUGAGGUUCGUUUUUAAUCCUAUCUUCAACUAAUUAGUGGCUUUUUUACAAACGAAGUCGAUUUUGUUCUUAUAAUGUAUAUCUUACAGGAUAUAUGCAGUUUUUUCUUUUUGUUAUUAAAAAAAUUUCGCUUCAAUCAGUAAAUAAAUGCAUAAGAAGCAGCGAGAGAUUCUAUCAACAAGUCUUCUUUUUUUUUUCUUGAUGAGCAAGGUGAAAUGAAUCCUUAUGAACUUUGAAAUUGUUCGUGACUGACGUGCUUCUGGUUUGUUAAGUUAUUAUCUUCUCCGAAGAGUUCUUCGAUUGUUCAGUACGCAGUGCAUUUUACUCAACAUUACUUAUUCGCUAAUGUGAACCGAGCAUAUUUAUUCCAAAUGUAGCUUUGGGAUGGAUAAAUGAAACAGUAACUCAGUGUAGACUGCUGCUGUGAUUAGUAUUUUUUGCUUCAUUGAAUUUAUUGUAUUUGUUAAUUUCGUGCUUCUGUGUUGUAACUUACUUUUUAAUAAUCGAUUUACUUUGAUGUGUAUUUUUUCUAAAUCGACAAUCUUUGCACCAUUAAAUUUUCAGAAUAUUCAUAUCUUCCUCUUCGCUGUGUAUUCUGCAUUUUUCGUUAUGAUCAAAUGUAAAUUUGAAUGGUUGCGUUUUUUUUUCUACUGUUUGGAUAGAAGAACUUUGGCUUUUCUGUAAUUUUGCUCGUAAAAUUUUCGAGCUGUGGUGAAAAAGCCGCUUGAUGAAGCCACUUAGCGUGUUUCACAGUGAUAAACUGAAUCCCUCUACUCGAGGUUUUUCUGGGCUUUGGAAAGCAGUGUACACGAAGCAGUAACAGCUAUUAUGACAGCGCUAACAGCAGAUGAAUCAAAGAAGUGGUGCUAAGCUUCUUCAAAG